UAUAUAUUUAAAAUAGCCAGGUUUCCAACUAAUAGUAAUUUUGAAAUUUUUCUAGCAAACAAACUCUGAAAAUAGAUCUUGCUUGAAAAUAGUUAAGUAGAUAGGCAAUAGUGGUUUUAGUCAACAAGGAACAGCGACAGCCAAAUGGACAGUGAUAACGAGAGUAGCAUGGAGGUAGAUGGAGUUAAGCAUGACAACGUAGCCGGUAAACUGUCCCCGCCAGCAACUCAACAACAACAACAACCACAACGACAGCGCACAAUUGAUAGUGACAGUGAUUCGGAUGAUCAGUGGCGUUGUCACUGGCGAUGUCAGCCCCUUGAGGCGGUGCAACGCGGUCUGCAGCCCUUCGAGUUGGAUCAUCUGGGUCCGGUUGUGCCCAGUGGUCAGCAUAAGGUGCUCCACCGGCAUCCGAUACGUGAGCCGGCUAAUAAACCACCGCGUCCACAUCGCGCCACACACAAGUGGGAUGCGAAGCACGUGCGUCUGCCGUGUGCACCGGAGAGUAAAUAUCCCGUGGAGGCGGACGAUGGCACAUCGGACAUUGAGUCACGUUGGAAUAUGAUUGAACGUGCGUUGUUGCGUCCGAUUAGCAAUAGCAAACAAUUGCAGGCGGCGAUAUUGUCAUACAACAGCACAUACAAGGGACAAUGGGGAUUUGGGGCACUGCACAAACUGUUUGACGAGGAGCUGGACGAGAGUGAGUCGCGUGUGUUCUUUGAGGAUCUGUUGCCGCGGGUUACCCGCCUCGCUCUGCGUCUGCCGGAACUCAUCCAGGCGCCAAUUCCACUGCUCAAGCAGAAUCACACAUGUGCGCUGACCUUGAGCCAGGAGCAAGUGUCCUGUUUAUUGGCCAACGCACUCCUCUGCACAUUCCCCCGUCGCAAUACACUCAAGCGAAAGUCCGAGUAUAGCAGCUUCCCGGACAUUAACUUUAAUAGGCUCUAUCAGUCAAGUGGUCCGGCUGUGCUGGAGAAGCUCAAGUGCAUAUUCCAUUAUUUCCGGCGCGUGUGUCCGACGGAAAGAGACGCCUCCAAUGUGCCGCCGGGUUGUGUGACCUUUGUGCGUCUCAGCGCCAAGCCGGAGAAUCAAGUCAACUGGCAUCUAAGCGGAGCAGCCUUGUCGAGCAUCCCAAUUCACAUAAAUGCGGGUGGAACGAUUGAGGAUCAGGGCAUGGGAUUGCUGCAGGUGGAUUUUGCCAACAUGUAUCUGGGUGGCGGUGUACUCGGACACGGUUGUGUGCAGGAGGAGAUACGCUUUGUUAUUUGCCCGGAACUGCUUGUGUCCAAGCUCUUCACCGAGUGUCUGUCGCCAACGGAGGCCCUACUAAUGGUGGGCUGUGAACGUUAUAGCAAUUACACGGGAUACGCCAACACCUUUGUGUGGGAGGGCAAUCACGAGGAUCACACACCAUAUGACAGCUCACGGCGUCGUCGUACAGCCAUUGUGGCCAUUGAUGCACUCAGUUUUGGCAAGACAUCGAAGGCGCAACAGUAUCGGGAGGAUCUAAUGUUGCGGGAGCUGGACAAGGCGUCCAUUGGCUUCAAGCACUGGUUGUCGACACCGGCGCCGGGUGUCGCCACUGGCAACUGGGGCUGUGGUGCCUUUGGCGGUGAUCCGUAUUUGAAGGCGCUCAUCCAAAUGAUGGUCUGUGCCCAUCACGGUCGUCCCUUGGCCUAUUUUACAUUUGGCAAUUGCCAGCUGCGUGACGAUCUGCAUGAGCUAUGGCAACUGUUUCGGGCACAUGGCACCACGGUGCAACAAAUGUGGUCGGUGUUGCGGCGCUUCAAGAAGGACGGAGCCAACAAGUCGCUGUAUCAAUUUGUGCUCGAGGAGGUCAAGAAACUGCACAAGCCGACAGGCGACAAAACCAAAGAAGCACAGCUGACAACACCACAACCAGCUGCAACAACAGCAGCAACAGCAACAGCGACAACACAACACAGUCCAGAUUUAUUUGCCGAUGAUUCAAAUGAUUCAUUGGCCAAUGGAGCUUUAAUAUCGGAUGACGAUGAUGAUGAGGAGCAGGAGCAGGCAAAUGCCAUGAUGUCCGCUGCCAGUCUUGAGAGCUGUGGCAGCAGCAGCAGCAACAGCACUAGCAAUACUACAACAACAAAUUUGACAACAGGUGCAACAAAUUCACCGAAACGUCAAUUGACAUUGCUCGAGAUGCUCGACCGGCAUUAUGACCAGGCUCAUUCCAAUGGCUCCAAGCGACAGCAUCAGUCUUCCAUAUCGGAAAAGUGCCUCAAAACACGUAAAGAUUGCAAGGAUGGUGAUGCCAGCAGCGGUAGCAAUUGCCGUUAUUAGCCAUAAGUCAAUAGCCACAUAAUAUAAACUUGAUAGUCUACCGAUUUUCGCUAUAUAUUGCCAUCUCUGUCGCUUCUGUAACAAUAUGCUUCUAAUUGGCGUAAAAUACGUAAUUGUUGUUGUCGAUUUUAAUGCCAAGCAUAGAACAAGUUGAUUUGUAUUCAGAUCGAGUAUAUCUCUAUAUCUCUCUCUAUAUAUUUAUAUAUACAUAAAUAGUUAUAUAUACUUAUAUCUGUAGAAAUGUAGUCGUAGCAAUUGAAUCAUUCUCGAGUACUGAUCAAGCAAAAUAUCAGUUAGCUGUAACUAAUAUUGUAAUUACCUGUAUAUUAGCACAUAUAUAAAUAUUUAUAGUUAUAUGCGACAUAUGUACUUAGUUUGUUUUGUAGUAACAAUAUGCUGUAUAAGCCCAAAUUGUCAUCCACUUAUUGCUCGUAUACAAAAUCAAUUGUUAUUAACUUUAAGUUAAUUGCCUGCUUUACACACUCGAGUCUUCUAGCCGUAAUAUGAACUGUUUGAAUUUAUUUCAUUGAAAUUAAACUAUUUUUAUUACAAUCAAAACUUAUUUAUUUAUAGUUUGUUAAGGUAUCUGGGAUACAUAAUCGAGUAUCUGCAUGUUUAUACCGGAUUGUUUAUAGUCUAGAAAUAUUUGUUUUAGUUAAUUGUUAACUCAAUACAUCAUCUCCCAUUUAUUUGAGUACAUUAUUCAUAAGCACUUUUAACCUAGUAUAGAAUGAAAAUGUAAUGGAAUGUAAUAUCAUAAUUGAUCAAUGAUCUGUUUAUAUGAAGUUUACCCAUAAAAUGGGUAACAAAUCGGAAUAUCUAAUAAAUAUGUUUAUGUACCAAGUGUAAGGAGGCAACUCCGCUUUAA